UGUAAUAUUCAUCUUGUGACUUGUUUCAUGUCGAUGAGAAACAACCUUGUAUCCAGAUUGCUUCCACUGUAGCCAAGUUAACGGAUAUUGACUCGGAAUAUAUUUCGCACAAAAGACGAACAAAUAUUAUAAGCCAUUAUUUGGAGUUUUUCAAUACUGGAGCAAAUCUAAAAUGUUUUGCUUUAAUAUAAACUUAUGUACACGUGUUUUGUUCGCUCUUUUAACCAUAUUAGUUAGAAGAGCGACGGCGACAGCUGACGCGAGACGCACAGAAGCAUGGCCGUCCGAAUCGAUUCUUGAAUCGUCAUCAGCAUCCCCUUCUGUAUUUACACCUCUGAGUCCGUUUUCAAAUAAAUAUUCCAGGAGCGAUUCUUCUGAGCCUGUGUUUACAAAGAACGUGUUCACAAUGACAGUGCCAUCCAUGUUCAUUUUUGAAAACAAAAAGGGACAGUUUUUGAAAAUGCCAAAAUGGACGCCAAAACAGACAAUUUUCAGAGCCAUUCCGUCUUUCGGAAUUCCCACGAUGCCUACACGAACUAGGCGAACUAUUAGCUCUGUUUUCUCAUUUGAAUUUCGAUCCUCCCUUCGCAAUGGACUUCUGUUAUAUUUGGAUGAUGGUGGCCCCCGGGAUUACAUCGAGCUAUCUCUCCGUAGUGGUAUUCUCCAGCUUAGUUUUAAAUUUGGAAACGCCCGCUCAGUUAAAGUUACAGUAGGAAAAAAUUUAGAUGAUCGUCGGUGGCAUUCCGUUUCUAUGGAGGUGAAAGGAACACAAGUUUCUCUUUCAGUAGACGGCAAAAAAGCAGUGGCGACUGCAGGAGGGCCCGAUGCGAGUGCUAUUUCUCCGCAGAGUUUUUGUUAUAUCGGUGGCAUUCCUUCUAAAUAUCGGCUUGAAGACUUGUCAUUGCCUUCCGUGUAUUUUGUUAGCGGGUUUCGUGGCACCAUACGUCGAUAUGCAAUUGAUGGAAAAUAUCAAAGACCAAUGGGAAAAGCGGAAGUUAUCGAAGAAGUUGGAUCAGAUCUCUGUUACACCGAACGUAACCCAUGCAAGAAUAAUGGGACUUGUAUUGUACUCAACAACGAACCGGCUUGCGAUUGCUCUGAAACCAGACGUUCGGGAAAAUAUUGCGAAGGAAGGAGUGAAGUUGCAAAAAUAUAUGAUGUAAUGAUGAUGAGCGACCAAGCCUACGACGAAGCAGCAGCAACAUUUUUAGGAAACCAGUGGUUUGAGUACGACAUGAGAGGAAAUGGUGUAUCAAGUUAUUCUGAUACGAUCACACUGUAUUUCAAGACAAAACAAAGCAAUGGACUUUUACUGCACACAGGAAAGUCUGCAGAUUUUGUGAAUCUAUCGAUCAAGAAUGGAGGAAUAAAACUUGUGGUAAAUCUUGGAUCCGGCGCUUUCGUUGUUCUACUGAAACCCACAGUCGGAUCAUUUAACGAUGAUAAAUGGCAUUUCCUGGAAGUUUAUCGUGAACUCAAGCGACCGAAGACUAAUGGUCGUCGCGAGGGUGCUUCGGUAACGUCACCAAACACGUCAUCAGUCAUGAAAUCAUCACCACCUUUUACGUCCACGUCAUUGUUUCCCAUCUUACCAUCAGUUUGUCUAUCGGUUAACUUGACCGUCGAUGAUGCACACACGAACGCAGGGUUUACACAAAACGACUACACACAGCUCACUCUGAAUGACAUUUUCUACGUUGGUGGAAGCCCCUCUACCACUAAUUUACCUGGAUCACCAGAAACUAAUAAUUUUAUCGGAUGUUUAAAAGAGGUUACCUACAAGAAUAACGACAACACCCUACAACUCUCUCGCAUGGCAAAGUCACGUGAUUCAUUGAUUACAGUUAAAGGCGGAGUCGAAUUUCGUUGCACCAACAUUGAAAGUUACGGUCCAGUGACAUUCCGCACUUCCAAGUCAUUUCUCAGACUGAAACCAUGGAACAAUCCUAGCGAGGGUGGAUUAAAAUUAGAUUUCAGAACCACUGAGCCGCACGGUCUUCUUCUGUAUGCAGCUGGUGGAACAUCGCGAGAUUUUAUCGCACUAGAACUUUAUCACGGAUUUCUUUAUCUGCUCAUCAAUCUUGGAUCUGGAUUGAGAAAGGCGAGACACAGCUACGAACGACCAUUGAAUGACGGUGCUUGGCAUUCGAUAAGUCUGAAGAGAGACAGAAAACAAUUGAUGCUGAACGUGGAUGAUGAAAAUGAAACGAGAAUGGUACUUAGUGGCGGAAAUACGGAUCUAAACGUAAACAGUUUAUUUCUUGGUGGAGCUGAUUUUGAAGCCAUUUCAAAGUCUAGGAAUAUUCCCAAAGGCUUAUGGACAGCAUCGUUACGCUACGGCUUUGUCGGAUGCGUAAGAAACGUAUACAUGGACGGAAUUGGAGUCGACGUUUACACUCUCGCCAAAUCCAAAGUCAGAAAUCCUUCAGAAAUUGCUCCCGAGUGUGACAAUCCAGGAAAGAGUACAUGUACCAGCAAUCCCUGUAGGAAUGGUGGAAAAUGUAGGGAAGGUUGGAACAGAUUUGUCUGUGAUUGUUCGGCAACAUCAUUCAACGGUCCAACAUGCGAACUAAUUGUUCAAACAGUAGGUUUCAACGGAUCUCAAACUCUCUUAUUCCCUAUGCCGAGCACUAGACGGACGCAAGCAGAAGAGAUUUAUUUCCGAUUUAAAACACCUCUCAGUUCCGGCCUUUUACUAACCACAACGUCGAAGACAACCGCCGAUAGAGUCACAGUCAAGCUCGUAAAAGGAGGACAAGUUAAAUUGACUGUUGACAUAGAUUGCGUCAAGAAAAACUGCACAGCACCUCGUCAAGGACCGGAUAGCCUAUUCCGAGGAUCGGGUCUAAAUGACAACAAAUGGCACACUGUAAAGAUUUCGAGACAUGGUCGGAGAGUUAGUCUUGAGGUAGACGGAAAAAUUGAUGGAAAUGAACUCCCGGUUGGUCAUACCGAACUUCAGUUUGAUGCAAUUCAUUUGGGAAAAGUGACGGAACAAGUUCUACCCAAGUUAAAGUCGGAAGUUGAUCCACCCUUUGCAGGACUAAUUCAAAAUCUUAUGUUUAAUAACGAGGCAUUUAUAGAAAGAUGUUUUCAACAACAAACUCCUUGCCGAUUUACCGGAACGUGGGGCGAGACAGAAAUAAUAUCGAAUGCAGUAACUUUCAACGAUAAGGACAGCUUUAUUUCUACUACUACUCUUGAUGCAUACAAGUCUAUGACUCUGUUCUUUAAUUUGAAAACUACAGUAUCGGAUGGAUUGAUUCUUUAUAACGCAGGACGAGACUCUGAUUUUAUUGCUGUUGAAUUAGUUAGUGGAUUUAUACACUACGUUUACAACUUGGGAAAUGGUGCACAGAUUAUCAGCACACCAGAUCAACAGCCCAUCAAUGACAACAAAUGGCAUUCAAUUAGGAUCGUUCGUGAUGUUUCGAAUACGCACACUUUGUCAGUGGAUGGUACUAUGGUAAUUCACCAUGGCAAUGAUUUGAGAAGGAAUCUUGACCUCAAAGGUUUUUUAUUCAUUGGUGGCGUGAGGAAUGACUUGUAUUACAAUGGACUACCUGAUCGAGUAGCUUCUCGCAAAGGUUUUCAAGGAUGUUUGGGUACUUUUGAUUUCAAUGGAGUUUCCCCACAACUACUCAAAGACAGAAUAAUAUCAGCUGGAGAUGUACGGAGCGGCUGUAUUGGCCCGAAAGAACCUUGCACAAAUACAUCGUGUUCAAAUGGAGGUGUAUGCCUUCAAGAAUGGAAUUCUUUCACUUGCGAUUGUAGCAUGACGUCACAUGUAGGAAAAACGUGUACGGAACAUGUGAGCACAUCGACCGGAGGUCCAUCUUUUCGAUUCAAUGGAGGCAUGAUAGUUUAUGAAUGGCCGUCUGCUUCGUUUCCAAGCUCGCGUAAAGACAAUUUAGCUUUGGGAUUCGCGACCAAAGAACGAAACUGCGUUAUAGCCAGAAUCAGUAGCAUGGCAAGCAGUACCAUCAAGGAUUAUAUGGAAUUAGGAAUUGAAAAUGGAAGACUAACUCUGAGGUUUAAUAUUGGCAACAAGGAUGUUGUAUUGCGGGAACCAAUGAGUGUAGUGGAUGGUCAGUAUCAUCGUGUGGUAAUUUGCAGAAAAUGGAUGAACGCAACCAUGCGCGUCAAUAGCUGGCCGAUCAGAAGCGUUGGACAGACAGGAAAUGCCCGAAAUCGUUUUGCUCUUGCUGCUACCUCUAUACCACCUGCUGUCCGACCGACAGUGAAUCAGUGGUUAAGAGGGAAAGAAAGAAAAAACACUGUGUUUAACUCUCAAUCUAUGAUUCAAGUUGGUGGGCUCAUGAUGGACAGCUCUCUAGAACCUCCUUCUUCUAGAAAUUCUAGAUCGAAGAGAGCCUUGAAAGUAGUGCGUGCUUUCAGAGGUCAAAUGUCAGGAUUCUACUUCAAUGACGUCAGUGUAUUUACCUUAGCUGCUCAAGGGAGCAAUCAAGUCUCGAUUAUUGGAGAGGUAAAUUUAAUCAAUGAACCUCCAGUUGUACCCACUCCACCUGGGAAUUUGCCAUAUCCAACUACCAUGGCAACAAUGACGACAUUCACAACGUCAUCAACACGGCCAGUUUCCAUGGAGAACGCAAGUAAGGGGACUGAAUGCGACGGCGAGGAAGUUUGCUCUGGCGACUCAGGCAACCGAUCAAAAGACAACGUCAUGAUAAAAGAUGACAAGGAUACGCAGAUGACUCCCGGAGUAAUCAUACCACCUUUAAUUACUCGUUCUACUGGUGCGGCAUCUUUUGAGUCUACAAGAAAGUCAACUCCAAAGUUGACAACGUCUGAAACAGUUGAAUCCAGUUUUAACGACACAAAAUUUAAUGGAUCUGCAAAUUUAAGUAAUGGAGAUAAAAAGAUCACAAAUGAUAAUGGGUCAAACGUGAAAACUGGAUUCUUGGGGGGAAUUUUAAAUGGGACUACUGCAAUGAUUGCGGGAAUAGUAGGAGCUGCAGUUAUUUGUAUAGUAAUCCUUUUGGUUGCCAUUUACAAGUACAAGCACAAAGACGAAAAUCAUUAUCAUAUGGACCCUAAUGCUCCUGGCGCUAAGGUUAGCAACGGGCAUGCCAACGGACAUGCUGGUUCAAUUGUAAAAAAGAAAAACGGCUCAGUAAAAAGUAAUAAUAAGUCCAGUAUAAGGGGUAAGGAGGUGGACAAGGAAUACUAUGUAUAGCUACCCAUCAUAUCUUGUUCAUAACCAGGUAGUUGGCAUACUCCUUUGUGGAAGGAAGGAAUUAAGAUGCUUUAUAAGAAUGAAAACAGCCAAAAUGUAUCAAUUGCGGGACAAUGAUUGUGGAAUUAGAUUACUAUUCGCCAUCAAUAUGAAUAUUAAGUAAUCGUUUUCAUAUGCUUCCAACCGUGAAAAAAAAUUGAUUCGGUUACAGCAAGAUGGCUGAAACAUUUGCCUUGUUGUAAAAUCAUUUUGUUUGUGUCGUAGAAGCAUUAGCCAUCUUAAUAUAUGUUGCGUGAAUCCAUAAUGAUGGAUAACUACGUUUGUUACAUUCUAUCAAUCAUUAUCAUGUUGGGAUACAACCAACAAUACUUUACCCUUUUUUUAAUUUGAAUUUCCAAUAAUCAUUAAAACGACAUCCACGAGCGCUGUCUGAAUGGAGAGAGCUCUAAAUACGGGAUAUGUACUGAUGAAGAUCUGACAUUAUUCAAUUAUGUCUGUAAAAUCUUCUAAUAAUUAAAACUUAUUUAUAUUAAUUAAUUUGUUUUAAUACAAAUAUUAUUAUUCUGAAUCUACCUGAAACAAUUGACAAAUACUACAAAGUUAAAUCAUCUGACGGACAGCUGACGACGGUUUUGGUGCACGAAAUUGUAGCUGAAUUUUAUAGAUAGUAAUACAAGCUGGAUAAAGAGUGAUAUCGAUUUCAUUGGUUUUAUAUAUUUACUUAUGUCUACCGUUCUCUGCAAGUUCCGCCUUAUUGCAAGAGCUUUGCGCAUGAUUAUUUUUUAGUUCAUUUUCAAAUAAAUAUAUUGAAACAUAA